AACUCGCCGUAUUUUGCUCUCUCUCAAUCUCUAUCUCUGGUAGCCGUUAUCCCUUUCCAUCACGCAACGCACUCCCCAAAGCGAUUCGCUUUAUUUGUAUGAACCCCUUCCCAAAUCCUCUCCUUCACGUUCUCUUUACCUUCUCCCCUCGUUUCUCUAUAGCUCUUUCCAAUGGGUUCCCUGUCGAAAGGCGAGAGCGUAUUGGUGACGGGAGGGGCCGGCUUCAUCGGCACCCACACCGUGCUCCAGCUCCUUAGGGAGGGAUUCCGCGUCUCCAUCGUCGACAACCUCGACAACUCCGUCGAGGAGGCCGUCGACCGGGUGAGGGCUCUGGCCGGCCCUGAUCUGUCCAAGAACCUCCAUUUCCAUCUGAUUGAUCUCCGGAACAAGGAGGCCUUGGAGAAGAUCUUUUCCCAGACAAGAUUUGAUGCUGUAAUCCAUUUUGCUGGAUUGAAGGCUGUUGGUGAGAGUGUUGCGAAGCCAUUGAUGUACUACAACAACAAUUUGAUAAGCACCAUAAACUUAUAUGAAUUGAUGGGGAAAUAUGGUUGUAAAAAGAUGGUCUUCUCGUCAUCUGCUACUGUUUAUGGGCAACCUGAAAAAAUUCCGUGUGUUGAAGAUUUUGAGCUGGAGGCAAUGAAUCCAUAUGGUCGGACUAAGCUUUUUCUUGAAGAGAUAGCUCGUGAUGUUCACAAGGCUGAUCCAGACUGGAGAAUCAUACUCUUAAGAUACUUCAACCCUGUUGGAGCUCAUGAGAGUGGUCAAAUUGGUGAAGAUCCCAAGGGAAUUCCAAAUAAUCUUAUGCCUUACAUUCAGCAAGUUGCUGUUGGCAGGUUGUGUGAGUUGAAUGUCUAUGGUCAUGAUUAUCCAACAAAGGAUGGUAGUGCAGUUCGUGAUUACAUACAUGUCAUGGACUUGGCUGAUGGUCAUAUAGCGGCACUCCGUAAGCUUUUCUCUACAGAAAACAUCGGAUGCGUAGCCUACAACUUAGGAACUGGAUAUGGCACAUCUGUUCUCGAAAUGGUUGCUGCUUUUGAAAAGGCAUCUGGAAAGAAAAUACCCAUCAAGUUAUGCCCGAGGAGGCCAGGUGAUGCUACAGCUGUCUAUGCUUCUACAGAGAAAGCUCAAAAGGAACUUGGCUGGAGAGCAAAAUAUGGCAUAGAGGAGAUGUGCAGAGACCAGUGGAACUGGGCAAGCAAGUAUCCAUAUGGUUAUCAGCGCCGACCUUAAAAGAAUAAAAGGAUGGGUGAUGUUGGUUGACCUAAUAAUUUUUUUCUGCAAAUUUUGCUAUUCCCAUUCAAGGGUCCUUGUCUUAGCAUGUUCGAUGUUCAAAUGACAUUAUCAAAUUACAAAAAAAGGAUUUAUCAUAAGCUUGGCAAGAGAACAUUACUUUGUCAUCAAACCCAUGCUGAAGUUCUUUUAUUCAUGUUGUGUGAACAAUUGAUUCAAUAUACAGAAACUCUAGCUCAUCAUCCUUCAUGGAAA